AUGGCUACGAAGCCCCUCAGGAUAGGAGAGUAGGAAAAUGAAGCUUAAGAGCCUCUUGCUUCGCUAUUACCCACCAGGAAUUAUGUUGGAAUAUGAAAAAGGUGGAGAAUUAAAGACCAAAUGCAUAGAUUUACUUGAGCUCAGUCCUAGUACUGAUGUCAACACCCUAGUAGGAGAGAUCCAGCAAGCAGAGCCUCUGAUCACAGCGUCCCGGACAAAGCAAGUCAGACUCCUAGUGCAAAGGCUUCAGGAGAAACUCAGACAGCAUUGCGACCACAACUUCUACCUGUUUAAGGUUCUCAGAGCACACAUAUUGCCAUUGACCAAUGUGGCACUCAACAAAGCAGGCUCCUGCUUUAUCACUGGAAGCUACGAUCGGACGUGCAAGGUGUGGGACACGGCAUCUGGAGAGGAGUUGCACACUCUGGAGGGUCACAGGAAUGUGGUUUACGCCAUAGCCUUCAACAAUCCGUAUGGGAAGGUGCACACUUUAAUUGGUCACUGCGCUGAGAUCAGCAGCGCCCUGUUCAAUUGGGAUUGCUCUCUAAUACUAACAGGCUCCAUGGACAAGACCUGCAUGUUGUGGGAUGCUACAAGUGGGAAAUAUGUAGCAACCUUAACAGGCCAUGAUGAUGAGAUCCUAGACAGCUGCUUUGAUUACACUGGGAAACUUAUCGCAACAGCUUCUGCCGAUGGAACAGCAAGAGUUUACAAUGCAACCACAAGAAAGUGCAUAACCAAACUGGAAGGCCAUGAAGGAGAAAUCUCAAAGAUCUCUUUCAAUCCCCAAGGAAACCGGCUCCUGACAGGCAGCUCUGAUAAGACAGCCAGAAUCUGGGAUGUUCAGACUGGCCAGUGCCUUCAGGUCCUUGAGGGGCACACUGAUGAAAUAUUUUCAUGUGCUUUCAACUAUAAAGGGAAUAUAGUCAUUACAGGCAGUAAGGACAACUCCUGCAGGAUAUGGCGUUGACCCAAGGGCUCUGCUAUGGAGCAGGGCUGUUGGCAACAGUGAUCAAGAACUUGAACCUCCAGAGAACAAGUGAGCCUAUUUUCUCUGCCUCCUCUUUUCAUGCAACUUACCCAUGGAACAACCUGCCCUUCACCUCACAGACAUGACCAUGAAAGCCAAUGAGCCUUCAUCAUUUCCUGACAUUAUCUAAAGGUUAUUGGCAGGAGCAGGCAUAAUGUGUGAUAAAUGUCACUAAUUGUUUCUGUUGUGUUUUGUGUUUCAAUAGCACCAGGAUACUGACAAAUGAAGUCAGAGUGCCUUAACAGCACUUCUUCUAGAUUCUAGAAUCUUCUAGAUUGUACCUGAAGGCUGAUGUUACAGUUUUUUUUUUCAAUAAAGUUUUUAGACAA